AUGCUCUUCUCCACCCUACUUGUAGCUGCCACUUUGGUGUCUGUUGCCCUUGCUGUUCCGGCUCCAGCACCCGCUUCUCCCACUGCCACAGAUACUACCGAUGUCUAUGCUGCACAAGCUACGGUUCUUACUUUGAGCCCUGUCAGCAAUGUCAAGGGAAAAGCAUUUGACCGUUAUGUCUCCAUCUGGCUCGAGAACACCGAUUAUGCGGACGCUGCUGCUGAUCCCACCAUGGAAGCACUUGCCAAGAUGGGCAUCAAGUUGACUGGCUCGUAUGCUGUCACACAUCCCUCCGAGCCCAACUACAUGGCUGCAUUUGCUGGUGACUACUGGGGUGUCAAUGGCGAUUCAUUCCUAGCCGUUCCAUCCAAUGUCUCUACUGUUGCCGAUCUCCUCGAUGACAAGGGAAUCAGCUGGGGUCUAUAUCAAGAGGGCAUGCCUUACUCUGGCUAUCAGGGCCCCGCUAUCGUCUAUAAGUCCAUCGCCAACACCCCCGACAAGGCGGCUAAAGUCAAGAACUUCACCAUGUUCUAUGAAGAUUUGAAGGACGACAAGCUGCCCCAAUGGAUGUUCAUCACUCCUAACAUGACCAAUGAUGGACAUGAUACCAACGUUACAUUCGCCGCAAAAUGGUGCAAAGAAUUUUUGACGCCUCUCCUGAGCGACCCACACUUCAUGGCCAAUACCCUUGUCCACAUCACCUUCGACGAGAAUGAAGACUAUACCAUCCAAAACCAAAUCUUCACCGUUCUCCUAGGCGAUGCUGUGCCCGCAGAUCUAGUCGGAACGGUUGAUGACAAUUACUAUAACCAUUACUCCGAGCUCUCGACCGUCGAGGCCAACUGGGACUUGAAGACCCUCGGAAGAUGGGAUGUUGGCGCCAAUUGGAAUAACGAUGAUUACCCUGCUUUCGACAAGAUGUUCUUCAACUCUUCCUACCCCGGUAUCUUCUCAUCUACCAAAUGGGCUCCCCAGCCAGUACCCGAUAUUCACUCUCGCCGCAAUGGCCGCACCACGCUUGAUUCUAUUCAAGACACGUGGAAGGGAACUGAUGAUUUGAACUACUAUCACGGCGAGCUUGAGAUCCCCGAUGGAGCGUAUCCUCCUGUUUACCCAGAGGCAUUCAGCGCCUACUAA